ACUGACAUUGACCCCGCCCCCACCGCCCUCGGUCGGGAUGGAGCCGCCGAGACGGCCCCCCGGGGUAGGUUCCGUACUCUCGGUACUGGACAUGCACACGGGCGGUGAGCCGCUCCGGAUCAUCACCGGCGGCUUCCCCCUGGUGCCGGCGGGCGAUCUCCUCAGCAAACGGCGCUACGUGCGGGAGCGGCUGGACGGCCUGCGUCGGAGGCUGAUCUUCGAGCCCCGCGGCCACAGGGACAUGUACGGGGCGCUGCUGGUGGGCUCCGAGCGGCCGGACGCUCACCUCGGAGUCCUCUUCAUGCACAACCAGGGCUACAGCACCAUGUGCGGGCACGCCGUGCUGGCCCUCGGCCGCUUCGCCCUGGACUACGGGCUGAUCAAAGAGCCCAGCUCUCCCGAAACCCAGGUCAAUAUCCACUGUCCCUGCGGCCUAGUCCGGGCUUUCGUCCAGUACGACAAGGGGAAGAGCGGGCGGGUCCGCUUCCACAGCGUCCCCGCAUUCGUCUUCGCUACAGAUGUUACUGUUGAUGUACAAGGAUAUGGGAAGAUUGCAGUGGAUAUUGCAUAUGGAGGUGCUUUUUAUGCACUUGUGAGCGCAGAUCAUUUUGGUUUAGACGUUUGUUCCUCCAGGACCCGGGAUCUUGUAGAUGCAGCAGUAGCUGUCACUAAUACUGUGAAAACACAUGUUAAGCUCCACCACCCUGACACUGAAGAACUUGCUUUCCUGUAUGGGACUAUAUUAACUGAUGGAAAAGAUGCAUUUUCAGAAGAGCCAACGGCAAAUAUCUGUGUUUUUGCAGAUGCUCAGGUUGACAGAAGUCCUUGCGGCUCGGGUGUGACAGCUCGUGUUGCGCUGCAGUACCACAAAGGAUUGAUACCCCUGAAUCAAAUGAGGACGUUUCAGAGCGGUCCAACAAGCUCACUGUUCACAGCAAAAGCUGUAGAGGAAAGAGGUGAUGGUGGCAGAUUAAAAAGAGAGGGACAACACCUGAGGAGAGAGGCAUUAACAAAUGGUGCCCAAUCAACCAAUCUUUAAUAUUCACUCCUUCACCACUGAUGUACAGUGGUAGCAGGGUAUAUCAUCUACAGGAUGCACUACAGUAACUCAAAAUUACUUUGAAAGCACCUUCCAACUGUGCAACCUCUGCCACUAAGAAGCUCAAGGGCUGCAGGUGAAUGGCAGCACCACCACCUGCAAGUUGCCCUCUAAAGCCACUCACCACUGUGACUUGGAACUAUAUCAAUGGUCCUUCAUUGUCCCUGACUGAAAAUCCUGGAACUCCCUUUCCUGUGCCCCAGGGGUGUUCAAGAAGGCAUUUUCAUCAGGGCAGCUAGGGGUGGGAGAUAAGUUCUGACUUAGUCCACCUCCCAUGAAUUAUAUAUUAAAAAGCUAAAGAAUUGUAAGUAGACUAUUCAGCUCAGAAGCACAAAACUACCAUUAUUUCUUUUAAAAACAAAACAGUUUUGAAUUAAUUUGGACAAGUAACUAACUAUUAAGAAAUAUUAAAAACUAGUCAAAACCAAAGGAUUUUUGAUAGUUAUGAGAAUUAGAGUCCACAUGACAUUAAAUGCUUGUGUAUAACACAAAAUACAGCAACACCUGCCCUGUUCUAUUUAUAUGGUAACUGCUGUGUAUUACCUGCCAACCAUGAGCAAUAUUAUAAAAAAGGACUGAUAGAAAUAGUUUUAUUUUCUCCCCUCCACCCCACCCAGGAAACUAAGUGUGGCGACUUUAAAGCUGUUAUAGUGGAAGUAUCAGGACAAGCACAUUACACAGGAACAGCAAGUUUUUAUGUGGAAGAUGAUGAUGAUCUGAAAGAUGGAUUUCUGCUCCGAUAAGAAUUUUAAAAAAUCAAUUGUCGUUAAGAAUCAAACGGGUAUUUUAAAAACAGUAAUUUCUAAACCUCCCAUCUUUCCAAAUGCAAUUUAGCAUUCUUAAUUUGAAUCUUAUUAUCUCGAGGGCAUUGAGUUAUUCUUGUAUAAUUGUUUGCGUCAUGUGUUUAGUAACCGGUUAAUCAUGAGUUAAAUAUUUACAAUGGGCAAUGAACCAAUUACGUAUUUCACACCAGAAAUGUUUCAUACUGAGUAAAUCUAUCUGGUAUUUCAAUCUGAACAAAGUGCUUUCCCAUUAAUUGCACUUAAGUGUAUCAUGCAAUGGAACUCUGUGCAGUGUUAAUUGUGAGGAUACAGUAUAGGCAGACAAGGAUGCUAGUCUGCAAAAUAUUUCUAAUGGUUUUGAAUCACAAUAUACUUAUGCUGCUAUUGAAGUUAUUAAUCUGAAUCUCUGACUAUGUACUGAAAACAUAGGAACUGUAAAUCAUUGCCUUCUAGUAUCACCACAAACAUUUUAAAAUUGCUAUAACCUGAAAUUUCUAUUAGUUUAGUAUUAAUGUUUAAUAAUUGUUAACCUAUUAUGCAUAAUUCUGUAUCUUACUACUAGGUAAAUUAGAUUUCUGUUUUGUAUGAUUUUAAUUUGAGUGAUACUGGCAAAUCUGGCCAAUCUGUUACAAAGUUAUUUGUGAUAUUUGAUUUAAUUUUAUUUAAUUAAAGCAUUGGAGAACAAUAAAGUACAUUGCAAAACUAAA